AUGAGCAGUGCCAAAGCGUCUGGCGUCGACGUCACGGCUCCUGAAUUACCCCACGGCUCGCUGCUGCUGGGCUCGCCGUUUGCUGACGAGCAUAAAGCCGACGAGUCCCGGUUUGAUAAGCCUGCCAACAAUGAAUAUAACGAAACGAACCAGGACGAAACAAGGGAGGAUAUCGAGACCGAGUCUGAUUUGGACGAGGAUUAUUCGUUUGUGGAGAUCAAGCAGAAGUCGAGGAAGCCUAAUGAUAACGCUUUCCAGCAACAGCGGCUUAGAGCGGUGAACCCGGUUAUCACGGCUAAAUGGCUCAUCCCGAUCCUUAUAGGCUUGGGGAUCUUUCUUAUACCGCUUGGCGUGGCCAUGUGGUUGGCGUCGCAUCGGAUCGAGGAUUUCACGAUUGAUUAUACUCAGUGUGAGAACUUGGCGGUGUCGGGCUCGUGGCUGCCUAUUCCUGAUGAAUAUACUACGUACCAUUUGGAUGGGGCUCUGGUACAACAGGCCCAGUGGAAGUUGGAUACCGACGAGAGCCAGCCGUUUGAAGACGAGAGAAGGGUGUGUAAGAUCCAGUUUAACGUACCCCACGAUCUCAACAGCCCGCUUUAUUUUUUCUACAGAUUGGAGCAUUUUGCUCAAAACCAUAGACGUUAUGCAAAGUCCUUCAGUGAAGACCAAAUCCAGGGCAGAGCUGCCUCUUUGGGUGCUAUCAAGGAUGGUGUGGGUGAAAACUGUGAGCCGCUUUCGAAUAACGCCGAGGGUAAGAAGUACUACCCUUGUGGUCUUGUAGCAAACUCCAUCUUCAACGAUACGUUCCUGUCGACAUUGACUGGCGUCAACGGGACAUCUGAUAACUAUGAGUUCUCUAGGGACGGCAUUUCGUGGGCCACAAACGACGGUCGUUUCAAGAAAACAAGCUACGACUAUAACGAGAUCGCCCCACCACCAAACUGGUACAAGAUGUUCCCCAACGGAUACAACGAGACCAACGUGCCAGAUAUUUCAAAAUGGGAAGACCUUCAAAACUGGAUGUUCACGUCGGCGCUCCAGAACUUCAACAAGCUUUACAUGCGUAACGACGAUGAUGCGCUCCCGGAAGGGAUCUACGAAAUCGACAUUGGGUUACAUUUCCCAGUGUUGCCGUACGAAGGUAAGAAGAAAAUCUUCAUCUCGCAACGGUCGGUGCUUGGCGGAAAGAACUACUUUUUAGGUUUCUCGUGGAUCGCUGGAGGCGGCGUGUGCAUGCUCGUGGGACUAGCGGUGCUCGUGUUAAACGUUGCCAGGCCGCGUAAGCCCGGUGACGAGAGCAUGCUCAGCUGGAACAAAGAGGCAUUGGAAAAGGACUCCAAGGAGACCGACGAGCCGGUGACUCUUCCCGACAGCAGCAACUAG